AUGGGUGGUAUUGUACAAAGAAUAUUUACAGCAAUUCCAUUUGUGGAAUUCAUCCUGGGAAAUUUAGAAAAUGGAUUCAUGGUCUUAGUGAACAGUAUGGACUGUGUCAAAAGAAGAAAAAUUCCUUCAGUUGAUAAAGUGCUCACUGCUUUAGCUAUCUCCAGGAUUACUUUUCUCUGGUCAAUACUUCUCCUUAUUGACACAUAUAUUGGUGUCUUAAAUGAUGCCUAUAAAGUAAACAUGUCUUGGAGAUCCAAUUUGAGUAUUUAUGCAGGAUUUCCUAAACAUUUUAGAUUGUCAUACAUUAUAUCCUUUUUAAUACCAUUUAUCAUUUCCAGGACAACUUUUCUCUUGCUGAUUUUCUCCCUGUGGAAGCAUUGUAUGAAAGUGCAGCAUAGUCACAAAGGAUCCAGGGAUAGGGAGGUUUGGGAAACUGAGUUUGUAGGGAAAACACUUUUUCAUUUACUUACCCAAGCAGCUGAAAUAGCUUUUCCUUCAUGUCAUCCCUUUGUCCUGAUACUUGGAAACACUAAGCUGAGACAGACUUUUCUUUUGAUGCUGAGGUGGCUGAGGUGCAGAUAUGCAGAUGUGGAAUCCACAGGUCCACAGACCAUUUAG